CUGUAUGUCUGAAAGGUUAAAAUUAUUAUUUCAUGAUUAUAUUUAGGUAUGAACUUUCACCCUCCGCUGCUGCAAACUUUACCAGAAGAAAUCUUGCAGAUUAUCUCAGGUCCCGGACUCCCUACCAGGUGAAUCUACUGAUAGCUGGAUAUGAUACUGCCACCCAGCAACCUGAACUCUACCAUAUGGAUUAUCUGGCAGCAAUGAUCAAGCCCGCCUACGCUGCUCACGGGUAUGGAGGCUCCUUCACCACCUCUAUUAUGGAUCGACACUUCAGACCAGAUAUGACCAAGGCCCAGGCGUAUGCUCUUAUGAUUGAAUGUGUCAGGGAGGUUCAGAAGCGUCUGAUCAUCAAUCUGCCAAACUUCACCAUCGUGGUAGUUGACAAGGAUGGUGUAGCAGAGAUGGACCCAAUCACCCCAGCUGUAGUUGCCAACACACCUUCAGCCUAACCUGACCCAAUCAGUCGUACCGGAGCUAAAUCUAAAAUCCAACUUUCGGUUUAAUUUCUAAACAUUGCGUACAUUUUAAGUAAAACUUAUAAUAAUUUCAGAA